CCGUGCAAUUCGUGUUCAUCACUCCAGCAAGGGAAGUGUAAGGCGCUUCUUCCUACACACGGCCAAGAUGGUGAACAUUACAGAGAAGAUCAAGGAGAUCGAGGAGGAGAUGAGGAAGACCCAGAAGAACAAGGCAACGGAAUAUCAUCUGGGUCUGUUAAAGGGAAAACUUGCACGGCUUCGCGCACAAUUGCUGGAACCAGGCCCGGGAUCAGGUGGCGGCGGUGGUGCUGGCUUUGACGUGAGCAAAAGUGGUGAUGCCCGGAUAGCGCUGGUCGGGUUUCCAUCAGUGGGCAAGUCGACCUUCCUCUCGAAAGUCACCAAAACCAAGUCCGAAGUUGCAUCGUACGCAUUCACAACGCUCACCGCCAUUCCUGGCGUUCUUGAAUAUGGCGGCGCCGAGAUUCAGCUGCUGGAUUUGCCGGGUAUCAUUGAGGGGGCUGCGGAAGGCAAGGGGAGAGGCCGGCAGGUGAUUUCGGCGGCAAAGACGAGCGAUCUCAUCCUCAUGGUUCUCGACGCCACCAAACGAGCCGAGCAGAGGGCACUCUUGGAGGCCGAAUUAGAAGCGGUGGGAAUUCGGCUGAACCGGGAGCCACCAAACAUUUACCUCAAGCCCAAAAAAGCCGGCGGCAUGAAGAUCACUUUUCAAUCGCCACCUAAGGGGCUCGACGAGAAGAUGAUCAUGAACAUCCUACGCGACUACAAGCUGCUUAACUGCGAGGUCCUCGUCCGCGACGAAAACUGCACCGUAGACGACUUGAUCGACGUCAUCAUGAAGGACCACCGCAAGUACAUCAAGUGCCUGUACGUCUACAACAAGAUCGACAGCGUCUCGCUCGACUUCCUUGACAAAUUGGCACGAGAGCCCCACACCGUGGUCAUGAGCUGCGAGCUGGACCUGGGUAUCCAGGACGUCGUCGACCGGUGCUGGAAGGAGCUCAACCUGAUACGGAUAUACACCAAGCGCAAGGGCGUGGAUCCCGACUUUAACGAGGCUCUCAUUGUGCGGAGCAACAGCACCAUUGAAGAUGUCUGCGACCGCAUCCACAGGACGCUCAAGGAGACCUUCAAGUACGCACUGGUCUGGGGCGCCAGUGCGAGGCAUAUACCGCAGAGGGUAGGGCUGGGGCACCCGGUGGCGGACGAGGACGUGGUGUACAUAGUCAGCGGGUGGAAGGCAUAGUCCCAGAGAUGGCAGACAGCAUGCAACGAAGUCAUCCUCCGUAUGGAAGUUCAUAACAUCGAUGCCCAUCGGUAUUGUGUGUUUUGUCAUAACCAGUCUUAAACAGCCUUUCGCCCAUUGAUAAAGAAAU